AUUCUUCGCACUUUGCUUGUUUUGCUGCAAUUGGUAGGGUUUCACCGCCUGUCUGAGCUCUAGAGGACUUUCGCCGUGGUCCAUCGCAUCGUUGCUACUCGCGUGUUGUCGUUGUGAUUAUUGGAAAGUGAAAGCCGGUGUCGAUUGGAUUGAUUCGAUAACUUCAGCGGGUGAUUUGGAGGAGAAAUGACGACAGCCGAGGUCGUGGACGCCGUAGACUUCGAGCCCGAGGAAGACGAUCUUCUGGACGAAGAUGUAGCGAUGGAGGAGCUCGACGCGCCUCCCGCGCCUCCGCCGAAGUUGAAGUCCACUAUUAUCACGAGCGGGACAGGGGGCGGGAGUCGCAUGGGUGGAGGUGCUGCAGCUGCCGCAGCAGCGGCUGGUCGUAAGACAAAGGGGCGAGGGUUUCGGGAAGAGGGCGAUGCCGACCGCUCUCAUCGGUACGCUGUGAAAGAAUUCGAAUCGCUCGAUUCUGGUGGCGGACCAGGUCCUCAGCGUUCUGUGGAGGGCUGGAUCAUUUUGGUCACUGGUGUCCAUGAAGAGGCUCAAGAAGAUGAUUUACACGAGGCAUUUUCCGAGUUCGGAGAGAUUAAGAACUUGCAUCUCAAUCUUGACCGGCGAACUGGAUUUGUGAAGGGUUAUGCGCUAAUUGAAUAUGAAACCAAAAAGGAAGCUCAGGCGGCAAUUGAUAAUCAGAACGGAAAACAGUUAUUAACUCAAACCAUAUCUGUAAACUGGGCUUUCAGUAGCGGUCCACUUCACCGUCGAAAUGUUAGGAGAAGGUCGCCUCGAGGUGGUCACAGGUCCCGCAGCCCUACGCGAAGACGUUUUUGAGUAGCAAGUGCAUGUUGAUAUGUUUACGUGGAAGUUUUUGUGAGGGAAGGCAAUUGUCACUUACUGUUCAAGUGCCACAGUAAGAUGAGCACGAUUACUCAUUUCUAGGUGGACUCCUGUUUGUAUACCGACUCCCAGUCUUCAACCCUUGAUGAAUACGUACUUUUAUAUUGUGAAAGACA